CGCCUCUCACUCUGAUCUGUCAGACCAGCCGAGGGAAAAGGGGGGAAGGAGAAAAAAAAAAAAGCAGCUGAAAGGUUCGACCCUAGAAAUAGAAAAAUGGGCAUUUUAAAGAAACUUGUUAUUGCCACAACUCAGAAGGGUCUGUGGAAGAGUCCUCGGGGAACUGAACAUAGCUGACACGGUGUGGUUUGGACAAUCUGCUUCAUCUUGAUUCUGCAGCAUUCCAAACUGUGGUAUCCUUGGGGUUCUCUUAACAUUGCUAUGGUGCAGAAGAUUUAAAAUCAGCUGAUGUUCACAAGGAAUAGAGUCACGUGAUGUAUGAAGGGAAACAUAUACACUUCUCUGAGGUUGACAAUAAGCCCUUGUGCUCAUAUAGCCCCAAACUGUGCAAGCAGCGGCGACUCAACGGCUACGCUUUCUGUAUCAGACACGUUCUGGAGGACAAGACUGCCCCCUUCAAGCAAUGUGAAUAUGUGGCCAAGUAUAACAGCCAGCGCUGCACCAACCCCAUCCCUAAAUCAGAGGACCGCAGGUACUGCAACAGCCACUUGCAGGUACUUGGCUUUAUCCCGAAAAAAGAGAGGAAGAAAAAGAAUGAUCCUCUAGAUGAGGUAAAGGUCAGGCACCAGAUGGAUACCAUGGCCUUUAGCUUGACAGUGCCCACGUUGGCCUUGAAGAUGCCCAAUGGACUGGAUGGAAUGUCCCUCUCUCCACCGGGGGCAAGGGUCCCUCUCCACUACCUGGAAACUGAGUUGGAAGACCCAUUUGCUUUCAACGAGGAAGAUGAUGACCUAAAGAAAGGGGCAACUGUGAGAAAGAAGUUGCAGAGCAAGUUGGCCCAGAAUCGGCAGCGCCAGAGAGAGACAGAGAUUUUAAAAGUUCGACAAGAGCACUUUAGUCCCCCUCCUGCACCUUCUCAGCAGCAGCCUCCGCAGCAGCACUCCCACCUGUCACCUUUAUCCACUUUAAAACCUCCAGCGCCACCGCAGGGUCUAGUCUGCAAGUCACCUCAACCUCAGAACACCAGCCUACCAAUGCAGGGAGUGGCCCCCACUCCACACACUAUAGCACAAGCCAGGCAGUUGUCUCACAAGAGGCCUCUGCCCCUCCUGCCAUCUAGUAGGGCUCCCGUCGUGGACCCGCCCAGGACUGACCGGGUCCUUAUGAAAGCCACAGCCUUCUCUCCACACUUCUCUUGUAUAAGUCGACUGCAGAGACUGGUGAAACUGUGCACCCAAAAACAUCAGCUGGACACUGAUCUGUUUCCCCAUUUAGGGUUGGACUGGUCUGAAGAGAGUGGAGAAGAACUGGAGGACUCAGAGCAGGCCUCGCCAUACCAGGUUGCCUGGUCCAUCCGAGAGACCCUCAGAUAUGAAAGACACACGUCGGAUGAUGAUGAUACAGAGAGUAGGAGCUCCAGGGUGACCCAACUUUGCACUUACUUUCAGCAGAAAUACAAGCACCUCUGCCGCCUGGAGCGGGCAGAAUCUCGUCAAAAGAAAUGCCGGCACACGUUUAGGAAAGCUUUGCUGCAGGCAGCCAGUAGAGAGCCAGAAUGUACUGGCCAGUUGAUCCAGGAGCUACAGAGAGCUGCAUGCAGUCGGACCAGCAUAAGCCAGACCAAGUUGAAGGAGGUGGAGCCAGCAGCAUGCAGUGGGACCCUGAAGGGUGAACAGUGCACCAACAAAGCCCUUCCAUUCACCAGACAUUGUUUCCAACAUAUCCUCUUGAACCGCUCUCAGCAACUCUUCUCAAGUUGCACGGCCAAGUUUGCAGAUGGACAGCAGUGCUCUGUGCCCGUUUUUGACAUUACACACCAGACACCUCUGUGUGAAGAACAUGCCAAAAAAAUGGAUAAUUUCUUGAGAGGAGAUAGCUCCCGUAAAGUUCAGCACCAGCAGCAGAGGAAACCCAGGAAAAAAACCAAGCCUCCUGCACUUACCAAAAAACACAAGAAGAAGAGAAGGCGUGGACCUCGUCGACCCCAAAAACCCAUUCCCCCUGCAGUUCCUCAGGGGAACCUCAGCAUGCCCACCAGCGUCUCACUGCCAGUGGAGGCCUCUCACAUCCGGAGCCCGUCCACGCCAGAGCUGAGUGCUGAUGAGCUGCCGGAUGACAUUGCCAAUGAGAUCACUGACAUUCCACAUGACUUGGAAUUGAACCAGGAGGACUUUUCAGACGUCCUGCCGCGGCUACCUGAUGACUUACAAGAUUUUGAUUUUUUUGAAGGCAAGAACGGGGACCUCCUCCCCACCACCGAAGAGGCCGAGGAGCUUGAGCGGGCCUUGCAGGCCGUGACUUCUCUUGAGUGCCUGAGCACCAUUGGGGUGCUAACCCAGUCAGAUGGUGUACCCGUCCAGGAGUUGUCAGACAGAGGAAUAGGGGUGUUCUCCACAGGGACUGGAGCUUCAGGAAUUCAGUCCUUGAGCCGAGAGGUAAACACGGACCUGGGAGAGCUGCUGAAUGGGCGUAUAGUACACGACAAUUUUUCUAGCCUAGAGCUGGAUGAGAACCUGCUCCGUUCUGCUACCUUGUCUAACCCACCUACACCCCUGGCAGGGCAGAUCCAGGGGCAGUUCUCUGCCCCAGCCAACGUUGGCCUUACUUCUGCCACUCUGAUCAGCCAGAGUGCACUUGGGGAGAGAGCCUUCCCAGGACAGUUUCAUGGACUUCAUGAUGGCAGCCAUGCCUCCCAGAGGCCACAUCCUGCCCAGCUGCUGAGCAAGGCAGAUGACCUAAUCACCUCACGACAGCAAUACAGCAGUGAUCAUUCACACUCCUCGCCCCAUGGAAGCCAUUAUGAUAGUGAGCACGUGCCGUCUCCCUACAGUGACCAUAUCACCUCUCCCCACACAACAUCUUACUCUGGUGAUAAUAUGGCAGCUACCUUUUCAGCAGAGAUGCCCAUCAUGGCGCAGCACUUGCUCCCAGCCCAACUUGAGGUGCCACUUGGAGGAGUCGUAAACCCCAGAACUCACUGGGGCAAUCUCCCUGUCAGCCUCGGAGAUCCCUCUCCAUUUAGCAACCUUCUCGGCGCGGAUGGACAUCUUCUUUCCACUUCCCUGUCCACACCACCCACCACUUCGAACUCAGAGACCACACAGCCUGCCUUCGCCACCGUGACCCCCAGCAGCUCCAGUGUGCUUCCGGGGUUGCCGCAGACCAGCUUCAGUGGCAUGGGGCCUUCUGCUGAACUGCUGGCCUCCACCUCUCCCAAGCAGCAACUCCCUCAGUUCAGCGCAGCCUUCGGCCACCAGCUGAGUGCUCACAGUGGCAUCCCCAAGGACCUGCAGCCCAGCCACAGCUCAAUAGCGCCUCCCACAGGCUUCACAGUGACAGGUGCCACAGCUACAAGUACCAACAAUGCAUCUUCUCCCUUUACCUCCCCUAACUGAGCGUAUCUGUGUGCUUGCAGGCAGGUGGGGAACCUGGUGUUUUCUAUCCUGUUUUCCUCUUUCUCACCCCUCUCCCCUUUUCCUAGAGAAGAUUUUAAACAUAACAGAUGGGGCCUAGAGGAGAACUCCGUUUUCCAGCUCAGCGCGUUGCCCCGCAGCGGGCCUCGCUUCAGUGUUCACACGUGCCGCCGCGCACCGGUGCUCGUCCCCUCCCGGCAGGCCCGCCCUCCCCCAGUGGUUUCCUCGUGGCUCAGCACAGUGACUGCAUAGAAUCGACUUUCAGCAGCAAGUCCUAGAAGUGAAAGAUACCUCAGAUUACCAGUGCCCUUUACGAUUUCCUAGUAUUCAGAUCAAUGCUUUCCAUGCUAAUACCAGGUCUUUACAUGGGUUGGUGGUUCUAAAUAGAGUGAGCCUAUUCAUCGAGUUCCUGUGUAAGAGACGGCAAGUGUGGUGCGUGUUAGAGGCAGAUCGAGGCUCUGACUUAGCACCAACUGCUAAACGUAAACAUCACGUGAGGCCAGGAUUCCAUUCCUAAUUGUGAUCAUGUUUAAUUAAAAAGAAAAAAAAAAUUAGUCUUUUGACUGCCUGUGUGUAUGUGUGCACCCACGCGUGUGUUUUUGUGCAGGGCAGAAAGCAGCUGUCCCAUUGUUAGGUUUUU